UCUAAGGAAAGCGACGAAAGUAGACCUUCCGUUUUUCGCGUUUGGCCAAUGUUUCCCGCAAUUCACGGACUGGAAUGGAAAACGUGCAGAAUUUUCGAUGAUAUAGUAUUCGUGGACAGAUUAGACAACAUGGAGAACCCGUUUCCCCGGACCAUGGGAAAUCGCUCUGUGCAUGCUAUGUCCCUUCAGCUACACCUUCACGAUCAGAUGCAGUCCAACUCGGACCUCUGCGAUGUGGUUCUUGUUGUCGACCAAGUGGAAAUUCGAGCUCACUGGAGCGUCCUGGUAAUGUGCCCUUACUUCCAGUCUCUUUAUGACAGUGGACUGAAAGAAAAGAUUUCAGGAAAGAUUCAUCUUCAUAUUGGCAAAGUUCCAGCAGUGAGAUCAGCGAUCUCAUUCCUUUACACUGGGGUAGCCGAGAUAUCAUACGAGACUGUCAAGGACAUCCUGGAAGUGGCAGACUAUUUCCAAAUUGCAGAAUUAAAAUCAUGCUGUCAAAAUUACCUGGAAAGUGUUACCAUGACAGUUGAAAACUGUGUCCAGAUGUGUUUACUGUGUAGCCUGUAUAAUCUGGAAUUUUACAACAAAGUUUUUGAGUUCCUCAGAGGGCACUUGCCAGACAUCAUGCAACAGGAGGAUGCUCUGACCUUGACCUCCGAGUCAGUGAUGUCACUGCUGACAGAUGUGACCUUGUCUUAUGUGGAACAAAAACAGUUUUACGAGUUCAUUAUCAAAUGGGUGGAAUUUGACCUCAAAAACAGAGAGGUGUUCUUCCCAGAUUUGUUUUGUUCCUUGGACUUAAAGAGAAUUCCCAGGGACGUCUUGGAGAAGGAGAUUGAGAAUUACCCUCUAGUGAAGAAGGAGGAGAGCUGCCAAGUGCAUGUCUUAAAUGUCAAGAUGAAAUACAUUACAGGACUGAUCAAGGAAGAUGACGGAGUGAGAGAGGCCAUCUUGGUUGCUGGAGGUUGCAGUCAGGUGAUGUUUGAGAGCAUCUUCCAUGUGUAUCCAUUCAGAGAGUCUCUUGCCGUCAACAGUGUGCUGGGAUAUAUUUUGGCGGAAGAUAGGUGGAUUGAACUGGCUCCACUUCCUUAUCAAAUGAGACAGGCCAUCAUGACCUUUUGUCCAAAGAAGAAUUGCCUAUACAUUUACGAUAAUGGUCAUCUAACUUUCUCAUCCAAGGUGUACAUAUACAAGUUUGAUUUGAAGGAAUCAAAAUGGAGUAGUUUCCUUUUUGAACUUCCAGAAAACCACAUCAGUGGCAAUCUCCACACCAUUCUAGCUUGUGCAGGAAAGUUGUAUGCUAUCGUGUCGUGCCACGUCAUUCAGAAGUGUGGACAGAUAGUACAACAGUGGAGCACCUUUCUGAUGGAAGUGAAAGAGGACGUCUCCAAAUGUGACAUUAAGCAGUAUCUGUUUCAGCGAAAUGAAAACACUAAUGUGAUGGCAUGCACAAUGCAAGACAGAAAGAUAUGUAUAUUGGCAAACAAAGUCGGAGUCAAUCCCAAAAGGAGGGGAAAGUCAAUCAAAUUUUUUGUGUAUGAUACCGUUACGAACAGAAAGUAUGACCACACCAAAGGUGCAUUCUGGGAUACCUUAAUGAUUCCUGUGGGAGAUGAGGUAGUUGUGACAAGGAUGGGGAAGUUUUCGUGUAUGAAAUACUCGUUCACCACUCGCAAGUGGAGGCACAUCAAAGAGCAGUUUCUGCCUUUCCCAACGCACCCGUUUGAAAGCACAGAGUACAGUACAAUUUCUGAUGGCAACAACUUUUAUGUGUUUGGUGGCAAAGGCUUUAAAAGUCUGGAAUCCUCAUCCGCAACAAUGUGUUAUAACUUUAUUGAGAAAGAAUGGAAGACUCUUCAAGAACUUCCUCAACCACUACGACAAAGUGCCACAUGUCUGGUCCAGUUACCUAGCAAGCUCUCCAAAUGCCAUAUCAAGUGUCCCCACUGCAUCUUCUCUCCCUCUCGAAGCAGGGCCACAUACGACAUCCACGAUCAUGAAAGGGAUGACGACGACGAUGAUGAUGAAUUCGACGACUACAGUGGAUACACUUAUGAGGAUGAUUAUGCCUCUGCUGGACUGUGGAGUGAUGAUAUUCCAGAUGAUCUUGAUGAUGAAGAUGAUGAUUAUUGGUUGUACUGAAUUUUCAUGACCUAGUUUUGAAUGUUGUCAACCUUUUUAAAUCCACUUGUUAAGAAAAGAAAUCUGUGUCAAGUCCUGUUUCAUUUGCAUGUAAAUAUUGAGUUAUUUCUAAUUAUUCGUUCAGACAGUGAAAAAUGUAUAGUUCAAUGCAGAAUUGCAAAAUGUUAUCUUGGUUUAGUUUUAGCAGAAGGUGCUACUUGUGUAGAAGUAUUACAAAGUUAUAUCAGUUUAGUUUUAGCAAAAGGUGCUUCUUGUGUAGAAGUAUUAAAAAUUUAUCUCAGUUUAAUUUUUGCAGAAGGUGCUGCCUGUGUAGAUUAUUUCACAUGAAUGUCACAAAGUUUUAAUGCUCCUGAAGACAUAAUUUUUAACCUUGCCAGUUGUGUUUGAACGUUUACCUCAGACUCUGAUGAUCAGGUAUAUUGUUUAAUCUUCAUUUUCUACAGGAACAUUUUUCAGAUGUGCAAAAAUUUCAGAAUUGUAAAUUUUUCAGACAAAUUGUGAGUGUGAUAUUGGCACCAAGCAUUUUUCAUUUUUUACCAUCGGUGUUGAGGUGCAAGGAAUGGGUAAUGAAAGAUUUCUCAUUUGAAUGAAUAUCGAUGAAUAUAACAAAUACUUAUUUACAACUGUAGCAGCCAGACGGGGCAUGAUUUGCUUGAUAAGGUCAGCUGUGUCGCUUUAGGAGACCUAUUGCAAUCCAAUUUUGUCCAUCGUCGUGCUUUAACAUUUUAACUUGUUUUCUGAUAGUAUUGGACCAAUUUUCACCAAAAGUUUCUUUCAUGAUCAAAUCAUUUUGUAAUGAUUUGAGAAACUCUUUUGAGAUUUUGUGGCCUAAUACUAUGGUCUAUCAGUAAUGAGUUACUGUUAAAAAGUUCAAAACACAUGUAUGGGCCCUAAUUAUGUUCCCCAAACAAAGUAACGAAAAAGCAAAAAAUCAACUUCACUGAUGAUUAUGAAAACCAAAGUCCUUCAGUUCUUUGGGUUUGAAAGCAUCAACAUUAUUUAUCUCUUCUUAGAUAAGUUUUUUAGUAACCGGAUACUCAGAUGACUGACUUGUACGGCACUAGUAAGUGUAUUCAUAUGAUUAGAUGAGUCAUAUCUUAGUGUACAUGUAUUUUGUUAACAUUGAUCUUGACAGUAGUAGUUUUGUACAAUGUACAUAUAUUUUCAGGUUAUAGUUUAGAAAAUAUUGAGAACUAGUUCAAUCAUUCGUCAUGGUUAAGUGUCGGUAGCACUGUGUUUACUACAUGUAGAGACUAUUGAGAGCUAGUUCAAUCAUUCGUCAUGGUUAAGUGUUGGUAGCACUGUGUUUACUACAUGUAUAUACAUUUCAUUCAUACAAAGACCAAAACUUUUGUUGGAAAAUGUUAUUGUUGUAAGGAAACAAAUUUGCACCCAUUUUUUUUUGUGCAGUGAUGGUAACAAGUAUUUGUAUUGUUGUAGACCAGUCAUUAGUCUGGUCAGCCAUUCAGUAGUCAGACCUCGGUUACAUGUACUGUUGUAGACCGGACAUUAGUCUGGUCAGCCAUUCAGUAGUCAGACCACGGUUACAUGUACUGUUGUAGACCGGACAUUAGUCUGGUCAGCCAUUCAGUAGUCAGACCACAGUUACAUGUACUGUUGUAGACCGGACAUUAGUCUGGUCAGCCAUUCAGUAGUCAGACCUCGGUUACAUGUACUGUUGUAGACCGGUCAUUAGUCUGGUCAGCCAUUCAGUAGUCAGACCACGGUUACAUGUACUGUUGUAGACCGGUCAUUAGUCUGGUCAGCCAUUCAGUAGUCAGACCACGGUUACAUGUACUGUUGUAGACCGGUCAUUAGUCUGGUCAGCCAUUCAGUAGUCAGACCACGGUUACAUGUACUGUUGUAGACUGGACAUUAGUCUGGUCAGCCAUUCAGUAGUCAGACCACGGUUACAUGUACUGUUGUAGACCGGACAUUAGUCUGGUCAGCCAUUCAUUCAGUAGUCAGACCACGGUUACAUGUACUGUUGUAGACCGGUCAUUAGGCUGGUCAGCCAUUCAGUAGUCAGACCACGGUUACAUGUACUGUUGUAGACCGGACAUUAGUCUGGUCAGCCAUUCAGUAGUCAGACCACAGUUACAUGUACUGUUGUAGACCGGACAUUAGUCUGGUCAGCCAUUCGGUAGUCAGACCACGGUUACAUGUACUGUUGUAGACCGGACAUUAGUCUGGUCAGCCAUUCGGUAGUCAGACCACGGUUACAUGUACUGUUGUAGACCGGACAUUAGUCUGGUCAGCCAUUCAGUAGUCAGACCACGGUUACAUGUACUGUUGUAGACCGGACAUUAGUCUGGUCAGCCAUUCAGUAGUCAGACCACGGUUACAUGUACUAUAUUUGAUGAUUGAACUUGCUAUGUGUCAUUUUUUAAAAUAAAAUAGUUACUGUAGCCUGA